UAGGAAGGCAGUUUCCGCCAAUCACCUGCUCGACUCUCGUGGGCGGGGCCCGACUCGCAGCGUCUGUGGAAACCCAAGAGGCGGCCGAGGAGAGGGCAAGAGGAGGUGCCCAUUGGAAUUUAUUUUCAUCCACUUUUUUUAAUGUAAGGAGGGAAAAUGACUGCAGGCUCAGUGUGUGUUCCUCAGAUCAUACCAUUGCGAGUGCCUCCCCCCGGAAAAGCCAACCAUGAAAUUGAUAACAAUACACUUUUGGAAAUGAAAUCUGACACCCCGGAUGUCAACAUAUAUUAUACCCUGGAUGGCAGCAAACCUGAAUUUCUAAAGAGAAUUGGUUAUGGUGAAAAUAAUACAUUUAAGUAUACGAAGCCUAUUACUCUGCCUGAUGGAAAAAUACAAGUUAAAGCUGUUGCAGUCUCUAAGGACUGCAGACAGAGUAGCAUUGUAACAAAGGUGUUUCAGGUGGGCUAUGAGCCACCAAAUACAGUCUCUUCAGAAAACCAUGUUGAAAAUGUUCUCAAAGAUUCUUCCAAACAGGAAUUGAAAAAUGGAUUCGUGGGAUCAAAACUAUGGAAGAAAUAUAAGAAUGCUGAAAAUAAACAGCAUUGGAAUGUUAACCUUAGAAAGUCUACAGACCUUGAGGUAGGUGAAAGAACUGACUCUAAAACAUGGAAAGAUCUUCGUUUCUCAGAGAGUCCACUGGAAAUCCCACCUUACCAUGAAGAAUCAGGUUCUAGACCACCCACCUGCCAGUCUCAGUUCCCUAGUUUUGCACACAUAACUGGCCAGAAGAGUUUGACAAGCACGGAGAUCAUGAGAAUUCAAAGAGAGACAGACUUUCUCAAGUGUGCCCACUGCCUGGCCCCCCGCCCAUCUGACCCCUUUGCUCGCUUCUGUCAAGAAUGUGGCUCUCCUGUCCCACCCAUAUUUGGCUGUCGUCUCCCACCCCCAGAAGGAGCUCAGAUGGGCUUAUGUGCAGAGUGUGGAAACAUGGUGCCCAUGAACACUCCCAUCUGUGUGGUGUGUGAGGCCUCUCUUAUCCUACAGCUGCAGCCACAGGCCAGCCUCCGCUUGAAGGAGAAAGUAGUCUGCCGCACCUGUGGUACAGGGAAUCCAGCUCACCUGAAAUACUGUGUCACUUGUGAGGGGGCCCUGCCUUCAUUUCAAGAGCCCAUGCGCAGUGGAGAUAAAGCCCCUCCUCUGCCCACUCAGAAAGGGGAGACCAUUUCCUUCUCCAAGUGUGGUCGCAGGAACCGCCGGGAAGCUUGCUUCUGUGACUGGUGUGGAUCCACGCCGGGCAUUUCUGCUUGCUACUCUGUUUGCCCUAAAUGUGGGGCCAGCAAUCACCCAUCUGCCCGAUUCUGUGGUUCCUGUGGUAUUUAUGUGAAGUCCUUGGCAAGACUUAGCCUGGACAACAGCCUGGCUCUAGCUGCUGGAGAACUUGGCCCCUUUGCUGAGCCCCGAUCUGCCUGGCAGUCCCUAAAUGUUCCUUUACCCAGACCUAAUGCUGGGACUCGGAAGGACGUGGGCACACAGACUGCUGGCCUAUUCUACCCAUCUGGCACGCUACUAGCCAAAAAGGAACAGGAAAUGGCUUCUCAGAAGCAGAGGCAGGAGAAGAUGAGUGACCAUAAACCUCUCCUCACAGCUGUCAGCCCAGGAAGAGGAUACUGGAGAAAACAGUUGGAUCAUAUCUCUGCCCACCUCAGGUCUUAUGCUCAGAACAACCCUGAAUUCCGGGCCUUGAUCGCAGAACCCAGAAUGGGAAAGCUUCUCUCCGCUACUGUCCAUGAAGAUGGCUAUGAAGUUAGCAUUCAGCUGAAUUAUAUUCAAGUAUCCAACAAAAACCUUUACCUCAGCAAGGCUGUGGAUUUCAGCAGCCACUUUCUGAGCAGUGUCACCAAGGGUGGUGAUGGGCCACUUGGCAGCAGGUCCAGCUUGGUGAGUGACUACAGCCAAAGCACCUCAGACACCACUGAAAAAGUCAAGAGGACAAAGAAUUUCAAGACCAAAAAGUUUCAAGAAAAGGAGCAACUCACACCAAAUUCCAGCUACUUCCAGUCUUUGGAAUUCCUCACAAUUCCCCAUCCACUGAUGGCACCCUUCCAGAGUUUCCCACAGCUCUUAGAGUUUUGUUUUUCAAAAGUACAGACCAUGAACACUGAACACUUUUAACUGGAGCUUUGGAGAAAGAGACAGUGGGUGCCCUUGUUCAGCCCCUCACCUUGCCUUUCAGUCGGUCCUCUUUGGCUGCAGUAGGGAAGACAGAUGUGCUUAGCAACAAGCCCAAAGCCUGGGUUUCCCCCAAGAUGAAGAUGGGCACGUGUGGGUUCUUUCCUCCACCUUCCAUGGAGCCAGGUCCUCAGGGUGCCCUCAGGGGUGUGUAUACUUGUGUCCAGCUUGUAUCAUUAUUUCUCCAAAGGCAGGUGACUUCUCGCCUCAUCUUGUGUUUUCCCACCACGUGCUUUGCAUCUCAUAAACACCAAUAAAUUUGGAAAGAAGACCUUAGAAUUAUAUUAACAUGUAUUGUGUAUAAUUCCUUGCACUCUUGGCCUUCUCUCAGUUUAAAAUAUUGUCAUUGAGUAGAAGAGAAGUAUAGAGUUAUAUAAACUUUAACAGUUUUGGAGACUAUACCUGCUUACACUGUAUGUGACCCAAAUCUCCCCAUUGCUAUGUGCCUUUAUUUUCUCAUUUGUGUUUAGGGGAUAAGUAUCAGACAAAUAAUAACAGCAUCCAGUGGUUCACUCAUUCAGUGGUUAUUUGAAGCACACAUAUACCAGGCAUAGUUCUCGGUGGUGAAAAUAAAUCAUGAACAAAAGCUAUAAAGGUCUCAGACCUCAUGCGGUGACAUUCUAGUGCAUUCUAGUAUAAGUUUCCAUAAGGAAUGGAAUUCAGUAAGAACAAAUGUGCCCCCCCAGACUUUCUAGGGGUUCACUUUAAUAUUAGAGUACCUUGUUCCAAGCUAAUCACCUUAGAGUAGGGGGCGGAAGGGACACAGCCUGAACCCAGGAUUUUCUUCCAGAAGGUUCGCAGGCCUUGACCAAUGUCCUCAUCCUGAUGGCUCCCCAGAAAGACAGGAGGGGGUAGAUAUAUUAUUUCUUCUUUACAGACAGGAAAACGGGAGUCCUGGGACAAACCACCCCAGGUCACCCUCAGAACCAGUGAUGGAAACAUACUGAAAGCAAUGUCUCUGGCUUUCUAGACUGUCUCUUCAGCCUUGUGGCAACCAGCAUUUGUAAUCCUUUAUAUAUAAAGAAAGAUUGCAUAGCAAGGGGAAUUUCAUCACAUUUUGAAAACAGAGCAUAUAAUAAAUUCUUCAGAUUUCUGAUGAUAGGUGAGAGCUUUUUCUUCCCCCAAACAAGAUUCGACUUUAUCAGUUCACUCAUGCCUCAGGUGAGCACGUUUUCUGAACAGUCAUACUUAGGCUGAUUCUGAACCCUUUAUAAAACUGUGCAGAGGAAAUAUUAGGAUUCACCCGGUUGCUUUUCUUAGGAAUAUUUAUUUCCUUUGUAAUAAAACUAGUGUGGGGUUUCUGGGGGUGGUGAGGUUUCUCAUUGCAUCCCUGUCCUGUCCUUAAAGAUAAAACAAUGUCAAUGUGGUAUUCUUCCCCGAGACAAGGUUUCAGAGACCAGGAAGAUUUACAUUAGCUAGGUUUUUUUAUGCUGCUGGUGUCGAAGACCACACACAUGCUCACACGCACACACACGCUCACACUCACCUGUCCCUGGAGCUCAGAACUUAACCUUAGAGAGGAAGUGUUUGCCUUGGGAAUUGGGUCUGGGCAAGGGAGACAGUGCGAAUUCACGGCGGUGGAAAUGACCUUGUGUAACCCUGCAGCCUGAAAACAGGCUUCUGCUGAAGGAAGUUGGACCAACAGGGGAAGGGAGAGUCUCUGUGAUUGAACAGCUGCUUGAGGAGGUAAGUACAACUCAGAGAACAAGUCUCUCUGAGGAUUUCAGCCUCACAUUU